AUUGUUAACUCUGUUACAGGAGAUGCUAAAACAGAACAAAAACCUGGUGAGAAAAAGAGGGGUGUGAAGAGACCACGUGAAGAUCAUGGCCGUGGGUAUUUUGAAUACAUUGAAGAAAAUAAGUACAGCAGGGCUAAGUCCCCUCAACCACCUGUUGAAGAAGAAGAUGAGCAUUUUGAUGACACAGUGGUUUGUCUUGAUACUUAUAACUGUGACCUGCAUUUUAAAAUCUCAAGAGACCGGUUUAGUGCUUCCUCUCUGACCAUGGAAAGCUUUGCUUUUCUUUGGGCUGGAGGAAGAGCCUCCUAUGGAGUUUCUAAAGGCAAAGUCUGCUUUGAGAUGAAGGUUACAGAAAAGAUUCCUGUUAAACACCUGUAUACAAAAGACAUUGACAUACACGAAGUACGAGUUGGCUGGUCACUGAACACAAGUGGAAUGUUGCUCGGUGAAGAGGAAUUUUCCUAUGGAUAUUCUCUAAAAGGAAUAAAGACAUGCAAUUGUGAGACUGAAGACUUUGGUGAGAAGUUUGAUGAAAAUGAUGUGAUUGGAUGUUUUGCUAAUUUUGAUGGUGAUGAAGUGGAACUUUCAUAUUCCAAGAAUGGACAAGAGCUUGGUGUGGCAUUCAAAAUAAGUAAGGAAGUCCUUGAUGGGCGACCACUCUUCCCGCAUGUUCUCUGCCAUAACUGUGCAGUUGAGUUCAACUUUGGUCAGAAGGACGAACCUUACUUUCCUGUACCUGAGGAGUAUACCUUCAUCCAGAAGGUCCCCCUGGAGGAUAGAGUCCGAGGACCAAAGGGGCCUGAGCAAAAAAAAGAUUGUGAGGUGGUGAUGAUGAUUGGCUUGCCUGGAGCAGGCAAGACUACCUGGGUUACCAAACAUGCAGCAGCAAAUCCUGGGAAAUAUAACAUUCUUGGGACAAAUACUAUUAUGGACAAAAUGAUGGUCGCAGGUUUUAAGCGGCAGAUGGCAGACACCGGAAAGCUUAACACACUGUUGCAGAGAGCUCCACAGUGUCUUGGAAAGUUCAUUGAGAUUGCAGCUCGUAAGAAGCGGAAUUUCAUUUUGGAUCAGACAAAUGUGUCUGCAGCUGCGCAGAGGAGAAAAAUGUGCCUGUUUGCAGGCUUCCAGCGCAAAGCAGUUGUUGUUUGCCCAAAAGAUGAAGACUACAAGCAAAGAACACAAAAGAAGGCAGAGGUGGAGGGAAAAGAUCUUCCAGAGCAUGCAGUUCUCAAAAUGAAAGGGAACUUCACACUGCCAGAGGUAGCAGAAUGUUUUGAUGAAAUAAUCUAUGUAGAGUUGCAAAAGGAAGAAGCUCAGAAGCUCUUGGAACAAUAUAAAGAAGAAAGUAAGAAAUCUCUUCCACCGGAAAAGAAACAGAACACUGGCUCAAAGAAGAACAAAAAGAGCAAUAAAAAUCAAUUUAAUAGAGGUCAGAGAGGGCGUGGAGGAUUCAACAUGCGUGGCAACUUCAGAGGAGGAGUCCCUGGCAAUCGUGGUGGAUACAACAGGAGGGGGGGCAAUAUGCCUCAGCGAGGUGGAGGUGGUGGUGGCGGCGGCGGUGGCAGCAGUGGUGCAAUUGGCUAUCCGUAUCCUCGUGGCCCUGUCUUUCCAAGCAGAGGUGGCUACUCAAACAGAGGAAAUUAUAACAGAGGUGGAAUGCCCAACAGGGGGAACUACAACCAGAACUUCAGAGGACGGGGAAAUAAUCGUGGCUACAAAAACCAAUCUCAGGGCUACAACCAGUGGCAGCAGGGUCAAUUCUGGGGUCAGAAGCCAUGGAGUCAGCAUUAUCACCAAGGAUAUUAUUGAAUACCCAAAUAAAUGAACUGAUACAUAUUUCUCCAAAACCUUCACAAGAAGUCGACUGUUUUCUUUAGUAGGUUAACUUUUUAAACAUUCCACAAGAGGAAGUGCCUGCGGGUUCCUUUUUUAGAAGCUUUGUGGGUUGAUUUUUUUCUUUUUCUUUUUUUGUACAUUUUUAAUUGCAGUUUUAAAGUGAUUCGUAAGAGAACCUCAGCAUUGUGCACGAUAAGAGAAUGUGUCAGUAUUUCAGGGUUCUACAUUUUAUCUGUAAAAUGUGACUUUUUUUUUACCACAACAAAAGUAAAACGUUGCUUUGUACCUGGUGUCUUUUUAUUAAAGAAUUUUCUCCUUUUUCCCCAUCCCCCAAUUUCUAAGAAACAGUCGUGAGUCAUGUCACAAUACGAUAGAAAUGUUAGCAACCAAAUUCGUAUAGAGGCUUCUUAGUAGCCCUCAUGAAUAUCAUGAGAUUAUGUAAAGCUCCAUAUUACACUCCAUCCUCUCUAUGAAGCUUCUGGGUGGGGAGGGGAGGAAGGGGAGGUAAAAGUUUCUGGCAAUAACUAGGACUUUUUGUAACAUUUGGAAUUCAAUAAGAUGUCGGGGCAAAGAGGAAACCUGGAGCUAAAUAGUGAAGGUGGAGUGUAUGUAGAAGCUCUUAAAGUUGUAAAACUUGGUUGCGUUAUUUGUGGAGGCUCAAACUUGUGAAGGUACAACACCAUAAUUUCUUUUCCAUUUGUUCUGCAUUUUGAUUCUGAAAAGAAGCUGGCUUUGCCCAUUUCUUAUUAAACAAAACUUGUUGUAAAUCCAGUUGUCUAAUGGGAUCUAUAUGAAGUUAGCUGUGUGUCUGUAUAACCCUUUCCCCACAAAAUACUGUAUACCUAGUGUGCUUGUAGUAGUUACUCCACCAUUUUGUAAGCUAAUGAAACUGUGAGUCACCCAUUUUAUAUCUAAUUUUUAAUCAUGUCAAUUCUCAAAUGGGUGUAUCUCCUUAGCCUGCUGAUUCCUUUUCUCUUUAAAGAAAGUGGGUGGAGAAAUUUAACUCUAGACGUUUGUUUGCAAUAAAAUAAAUUCAUUUUACUCUUGUUUUGGGAUUGUUGCCAUCAAGGUCUAAAAUCCCGUUAAGGCUAUAAAGAGGAAGAGAAUGUAUAAAAACAAUGAUGUUGGAUAGUUUUAAACUCAUUACUGUGUACAUGCUGAAAUACUUGUGUUUCUUUAAAAAUCUAAACUGGUGGUUGCUCUGUUAAGAGAUAUCACAUGUAUAAUCUCACAAUUUAACAUGGCUAUAUGUGUAGGGCAAAAGACUUUGAGUUGCACUUACGCAUCAUGUAAAUCCACUCAAUAUAUUUAUUGUAAAAUAGAAAUUAGGGAGGGAGUGGGGAAAGAAACUGGACAGGAAAUAGGACAGAAGGAGGGUUGUCAUGAAGAGUGAAUUCUGGAAUGGAAUGGAGAACUUCAGAUUUGUUUUAACUGCUAUUUUGUUCAGAUAUAUGCUUUUGUAAAAUUGUGGCAAUGUUAGUUAACAAUUUACUUGCAUUUUAAUGCCAUGAAAGACAGGGGAGAGAUGUAACUGUCAUAAAUUGGAGUGAACGAUAUACAUGUGAACAUGCAUGUUACUGCCGGGAUCUGGCAGCGCACAGGCUAGCAGAGGCUUACCAGCAGCAGUGUAGAUGUAGAGUCAAUGUAGUGUGCUUGAAUUUUUUUUAAAUGUUAGUCAAUUUCUUAUAGUCUUUGGAAGUGAAGAUGUGUUGCUCUUCUAGCCUUUAUAGCAGAUACCAUAUUGCAUAUUGACAUUAAACAUUCACAGCACCACCUCCUUGUUAAUAUUGCUUUAAAUCAUCCCUCUGAACAAACAAAAAUGUAAGUUGUCUUUAAAGAAACACUAUCUAAUGAACUAGAAAUGCAGGAAAUCUAAACCUGAACCUGUUUUGCUGAAAUGGAGUUUUCUUUAGAUUUGCAGGAAAUCUUAGUGUAAUCAAAUUCUUUCCUUCCCCCUACCCCUCUCCCAAGAGCUAACACUUUGUAUGGAGUGCUGAUCCUUUGCUUAUUUUGGUACUCUAUAAAAUUAUAUAGUCUUAAACUGAAAUAUAAGAGCCUACACUUAC